AUGGGUUAUGUUACAUGGCCUAUAAAAUUGGAAGAGGAAGACAGACUUAAUUUAACACCGGAAGAUGUGGGAACUGUCAGGCAUUGUAGAAGCAAUGAUGAAUCGAACGUCUUGGAGUCAGCAAGGAAAUCCCAAGAGAAGGAAGCUCAGAAUCGCAAAGCUAAAAUAGUUGAGAACACAACAUAUUUUGGUUUCACACCAAACGAGCUUACGCCAUUACCAAGAAACUUGGAAUCUCAACCAGUCCUAAACAAAGUCACCAAAAUUCAAAACUUCCCACAACCUUUUAGGAAUGUUUGGAAAAAGGCGAUUUUAUCCGAAGCAUCUGUUUCAGUGUUUCAAGACUCAUUUUGGUGGAUAUUUUGCCAACUGCCUGAAGCAAAACAAUCCAAAGAUGUGAUAUUCUCGCGUAUUUUCGAUAGUUUUGUGGCACUUUUUUUCAAUAUCCCAACGGCUUACAAAGAUCGAUUCUUCCACCACUACCGCAAUUGCCUGGCACAAGCUUUGUAUGCUGGCUUCUGCGAGGCAUUCCCAGAUUCGUAUAAAAUAUUUGGCAAUCCUUUCAAAGCCACUUUGACUGACACCAUCUUUGAGUGGAUAUCGGGUGUCCGUCCUCAGCCCAUGAUAUGGGAAACCUGGCAGUAG